CAUGAAUGUGAUUUUGGCUGACUGUGAAGAGUUCAGAUGCAUCAGAGGCAAGAAAAACAAAGAGGAGAAACAAGAAAAGAGGACCAUGGGAUUACUCUUACUUCGCGGUGAGACAAUUGUCACCAUGACUCUGGAAGGACCCCCACCAUCUGAUGAAGGACCACGUGUGAACUUGGGAUCUGGACCAGGUCCAGGAAUGGGCAGACCUGCUGGACGAGGAACUGGAGCCAAUUUGCAAGGGCCUGCUAGAGGUGUGGGAGGCCCAUCCUCACAAAUGAUGCAGCCUGCUGCUCGUGCAGGACCUCAGCUCAAUAUGCCUGGAAGAGGGGGUAUGCCUGGUAUGAUGGGUGGAGGAAUGCCACCACAAAUGGGUCGUGGUGGUCCAAUGGGUCCACCAAGUGGCCCAAUGAUGAGAGGUCCCCCAGGCGGCAGGCCAUACUAGCGGAUUCUACAGGAAAUAGUACUGAAGAGACCACUAGUA